GACUUGCCGUUAGUGUUCAGAGGCAGGAUGACAGCUGGACGGAUCGUAAAGGUACAGAAACGCAGUCUCUAACAUUAACACCAAUCAUCACAAACUCCCGUUUUAAAGAGAAGGACCGACAGAUUUUACGGUGUGACGUAUUUUUGUACCAACCGGCGGAAGUGUGUGACUUUAUCAGAGGACGAUAAUUGUUAACCUUGCGGAUAUUUUGUGUUCUUUUUCACCAAGAGAGAAAAAGAUCCGUGUCCGGAUGUGCCAGCAGUAUUGGGUUCUUCGCAUGGCGUAGGCACCUUUUCUAAAGCAGGAUAUUCUUGAUGUUUGGAGGGUCGGAGGAGGCCCUCGGGUCGACAGCUUAUCCCGCUAACAUUAACUAUACCUCCACAUUUCCCAAUUUGUGUGGAUAAUUAUCAACGAAAUGGUUGUGCAAUAGAGACGAAGAAGCGUUGUAACACGUCUUGACUACCUCCGUGUUGUGACUGUGGACAGAGCAAGUCACCGGGAAUACAUUGUGCUUUUUUGUGUUUCCUGCUCGAAACCCCCCCCCCCAAAAAAAAAACAAACGUUUGUUUGAGCUCCUACAAGGGAGACGGAAAAAAAGGGGGAUAUUUGUACCCUCUUCUUGUGUUGUGAGUGUGUGUGAAACCCUCCGAGGACCGGGAAAACCUUCACGAUGACGGGCAGCACCCCAGCGGACAUGAUAAACCUGCGUCUUAUUUUAGUCAGCGGGAAGACGAAAGAAUUCCUCUUCUCUCCCAAUGACUCGGCAGCGGACAUUGCCAAACACGUCUAUGACAACUGGCCGAUGGACUGGGAGGAAGAGCAGGUCAGCAGUCCUAACAUCCUGAGGCUGAUCUACCAGGGCCGGUUUCUACACGGCAACGUAACACUAGGAGCUCUCAAACUGCCCUUGGGGAAGACCACAGUGAUGCAUUUAGUUGCCAGAGAGACUUUGCCUGAGCCAAAUUCCCAAGGUCAGAGGAAUAGAGAGAAGACCGGGGAGAGUAACUGCUGUGUCAUUCUGUAAAUACACACCACCGCCGCCGGCCCUCUGUCCUUCUCAUCCGUUCUCGCCCUCAACAUCCUGGACCUAAUGAGUUUGUCCCCUGUCCUGGAGCCUGUCCACAAUGCGGAUAUGCAUACAGACAGACACACACACCCCUCCCCCCCCCUUCUUACCCACAUAUAGAAAGACGGCAGGCUCAGGCUGAUUCAGGACACAGAGUUGGGAGCAGGAAAUUGAUUAACGAUAGAGUUGAUUCCUUUGUUGUACUUGAUUUGUUGUCAUAACUGAAAAUUAGUGGAGAGAACUGGAUUUGCAUGUGUUUUCCCCCCUGUUUUUUUCUCUUAAUGCACACCUUUUUAAGCCUUGUGACACACACACACACACACACACACACACACACACACACACACACACACACACACACACACACACACACACACACACACACACACACACACACACACAAACUUUGUCUAGCCAUCCUCAGCCGGUCUGGUCCUUUACUAACUGGCUUCUCAUUCUAGCUGGUUGUCAUAGUAAUGCAGUGCCCAAUUUUGUGUGUGUGGCCUUGUUUUCUCAUACAGACCGCUGAGAAUUCUAACCACUAACAACUCGCCAACAUACCAACACACACACACACACACACACACACACACACACACACUAUGUCAUCCUGUCUACACACACAACCAUAUGUGCUUGUGUGAUCUCCCUCGGUGCAGCAGACGAAGCUUAGACGUGCCUGAUCAGAGAACUCAAACCAGGACACACACAAAUACACGCAUAUAUAAACAAGCCGGUGUCCUUUUUACUGCCCUCUGCAUGUGCCCUUAAAGGUCACAAGAGAGAAAUUAUUCCUUUUUGUCUGCAGAGCUUUGUAGAGACCGACACGUCCUACUCUAUCAGUCGUCAUAUUCUUAGCCAAACAAAACCUAACAAAUAGACAAACAACCAGUGUUGGUGGUGUUGUUUUGGUUAUUUGUUUGUCCAUGACAUUUGUGACUGUGUUUUGACAGUCCAUGCAUAUUACUGACCGACCAGUGUUAUGAUUAAUAAAACGUCACGUCAGUUUUCUUCCCUCCCUGAUGCACCAUCCCUCUCUCUCUCCGAGGAAAGGCUCAUUGUGCUUCUUCUUUUUUCUUCUUCUUCUUUUUACAGUGUUGUGAAGGAUCUCUUUGACAAAUUGCAAAUUGCUGUCCAAGCAGGGAAAUUAACUCGGAAUGAAAUUAUUCCUUAUUUGUCUUAAUUCGCUUCUUACUCUCUCCUUGAUUCUCUCUCUCUGCAUUAAUAAGUCCAUUUUGCACAACCGAAGCAUGUGCUCCUUCAUCAGAUUAAUAAAAAUGUAUAAAAAGUUUUAUUGUUUUAUUUUAUAUUUUUCCAAUGGAAGUAAUGUUCCAAACUAAGGUAACGUGUAGAAUAUAUUUAAUAUGAAUCUUAUAUAGAACAUGAUGACUCUAGAUCUUGUUGAUAUAUAGUAUAUUGGUGUUUAGUCUAUGAUUGUGUGUACGGUUAGCUUCUAGCCAGUUCACAGUCACUCGCUGACGAUGUCUUGUGCUUAACAUCAGCAAAACCUCCCUAAUCAUUGACGGACUGUAUCUUUUAUUUUCUUUCUUCUGUGCUCUUAUUAUUUUUUAAUUUGUUUAUAAUUUAAUGUAAUCAUUUGUUUUCUUUGUGGUUUUUUGCUUUAAAGAAUCGCUUUGUAACAGCACUAGGUCUUAAAUAUAUAUUGUUUAUAUUGAUCAGGGUUCAAAUCUGUACAGAGAUAAACGUUUUCAAACCAAUUGUAAAUAGCACUAAUGCUCCCUCUCCCCCCUCCAAACUUCAAAAUGGAAUACAUCUGUAAACAAAAUAAAGGUUAUUGAAGUGCA